AUGCCAAAGCUCAUCCUGGAGGAGCUGGAUACCCACCUGCUCGUCUUCUCGCCCUACCUCGCGCUCACCAAGCUGCUGGCCGCCGACCCCCAGCUCGCCGACCUCGGCCAGAACGCCUGGGCCGCGCUCAACGACGCGCACAGGACGGACCUGCCGCUGGUGCACGCGCCGCACGUGCUGGCGCUGGGGUGCGUGUACCUGGCCAGCGUCGUGUGCAGCAGGGACAUCCGCGCGUGGCUGCAGACCCUCGACGUGGACCUUAACCAGGCGCGCAUUGAUUUACUCACAAGUCACACCAUUUGA